UCUCUCUCCCCCACCUACUGCUUGGUCUCCUUAGCUGGACUUGGGGGAUCCUUGCCACUACGCCUUCCCAAGAAGAAUUCGUGGGCAAUUUCUUCAGCAAACAUGUCACAGACGGAAGCACGUCGAAUCACACUAAUAACUGGGCCGUUCUCGUCUGUUCCUCGCGUUAUUGGUUCAAUUACCGAUUCAGCACAUGGCCAACGCGUUGGGAAUGUACCGGACUGUGAAACGUUUGGGCAUCCCGGACUCAAACAUCAUCCUGAUGUUAGCCGACGACGCGGCGUGUAACACGCGUAAUCGAUUUCCUGGCAGCGUCUACGCCAAUCCAGGUCGCGGACUCGACUUGUAUGGGGACAACAUUGAAGUAGAUUAUCGUGGCUACGAGGUGACAGUGGAAAACUUCAUUCGCGUUCUAACCGGACGGAUGGAACCCUCUGUUCCUCGUUCUAAACGGCUGUUGACUGAUGCGCAUUCCAACAUCUUCGUUUAUAUGACUGGUCAUGGCGGUAAUGAAUUCCUCAAGUUCCAGGACAACGAAGAGAUCAGUGCCUUUGAUAUCGCAGACGCGUUCGAGCAGAUGUAUCAGAAGAAGAGGUACAAUGAGAUCUUCUUCAUGAUCGACACUUGCCAGGCCAAUACGAUGUAUUCCAAGUUCUAUUCACCCAAUAUACUUGCUACCGGAUCCUCCAAGUUAGAUCAGAGCUCAUACUCUUAUGAAAACGAUGCAGACAUCGGAGUCUCUGUCAUUGAUCGUUUCACUCACUACGUUCUGGAAUUCAUGGAGGGCAUCAACAAGACUUCGCAGGAUACCGUAGCUGACUUGUUUGCGUCUUACGAUCCGGAAAAAAUACAGUCAGAUCCGGGUGUUCGAUCGGACCUGUUCCGUCGUCCUCUCGACCAAGUUCGACUGACCGACUUCCUUGGCGGUGUCGCACAAGUCGAAGUUGGCGAACAGGCUGUCCUCGAUCCGGCCUGGGGUCCAGGCGAUGAAGAAUUGCAACCCCCACCUAUCUUCUCAUCACAAGCUGUGAAUCAAACACUGGUCCAGUCGUCCUCGUCAAUCUUGGACAGCACACGCACAUCGUUAGAUGCCUCUUGGCGUGCUUGGGCUGGUGUUCUGCUAGUCGGCGGACUUGUAGGUUGGUCGUGCCAGAGGAGAUAGAUGUAUCGAUAUUCAUUAUAUAUUAUUGGACAACCGCAACAUUCGCCACAAGUUUCGGACUGGAGUAUACUACAGUCGAGGAACGCAAGGGAACGAACGAUCAAGAGCAGAUCAGCGGCUAUCAGCUGUCAGAUGUUUGUCGCGAUGUCGUUUCGCUCUCUCCUCCGAUAGUCCUAUGCACAGUCCAAGCCUCGCAAUCUACAUGCCUUUCGCUGUAAUUCAACAUCACUUUCGCAAUGCAUACGCUGGGCAUUCGACUUAGACUUUCCUACCUCGUCUCCCAACUCAAAACUUCAUUCGGAUCCGAACUGCUGUAAUGUUCACUGACCAUGAAGCCACGGAUAGUUGGCAUCAUUGACAGAAAAUAUACGGUGUCGGCAACAGUGUUUCGGCAGGUCUUCGUCUAUUGGGGUUUGGGAAGCACAAGUCAAGUGGAAAACGCGAUCCGAACAGCGCCAUUCUGGUGGAAGUGCGGCUUCAGUAUCGAGGGGAAAGGGUGAACUAUCCGCUUUACAGUUAUGAGACAUCAUGAUUCGGGACGGUUCGUGAUCACAUUACAGAUGGCAUGUAAGAACUGGCAGUGCUCAUGGAUCCGUCGUGUUGGACAUCUUGUCAGGCUGCCUACGAACAGCUGAAAAGAUGUCAUCCGCAUCCCUGCUGUCCCUGGUUCUUUCCUCGCCUCUUUCUCUUUCUCUUCUUGCUUCCUCGCUUGUCCGUUUCAUUCAUUCUUCGUCCUUUCUUUCUCUCCGUGGGAGUCUCCGCCAGCGUCGUGCAUCUAUUUGAUUCGCCUCUGGUGCUGGGUUUGCUGUUGUAACGUUCCAUCGGCCGUGCCAUUUUGAAUUCGGGCUUUAUCCACCAACAUCCAAAUGCUAUCCAACGUAGAAGCCAGACUUUGGUCCACUUAUGCCCACAUAACUCGCAACCGAAUAACAAACACGUUUUUCGUCCUUUCUCUACUGCUGUGUUUCGCUCAGGGUGUGAUUCAAUCACUCCUAUACGCAUUGGACGGACGGUUCGCAGGAGUGUUUAGCGAGAUUGGGAAGGCUGCCGAGAUACCACCGAGGAACUUUACGUAUCUGGAUCGAACGAACGAACACUACACCAUACGCAUGUGCAAUGACAUCCCGCACGGGCAAGCACUGAAUCCAUGUACGGUCAUCUUCGACUCCGGGAAUACCUCAAGCUCCUCAGAGGACGUGCAGACCGACUUGGUUGACCCGCAGACCGUGUUGCAAGACCUGAUCAAGGGAUUCUCCGUCGAAACUAACUACGAUUUUGGUGGCUCCAACGGUGUGCAGCUGCACUCAGCCUCAUCCAGCCUUGUGCUCAACAAGCAGUGCACCCAGAUACUUAGCUACCCGCAGCAAGUUCUCAAAAAUGCGGCGCGGGAAGAUUUGACGUUCAUUUUCCUGCAAUUCUGGUUACUCGGCGUCUCUGUCUAUGCUCUGGGCAACCAUUCAGUCCCGCAUCUGUUGACUGUGCUGUCCACUCGUUUGCUCAUAACAAUCUGGAGCAUCUACGUCGUGUCUUACCGGUCGCACAAACAAAGCACGAUAUUUUCGGCGACUGUCUCAGCUGCGGGCACCCCGUGCGGAGUGGAUAUGUUCCCUACUUUCUUUCAGACCCGCAGCGGAUACUAUAUCGCCGAUGCCGCUUUGAGUGUGCUGGGCUUGUUGUCGCUGGCUGCUCUAUCUUGGAGGUUGUUGAGAAUAUUCAACGAUGAGCGAGUAGCAGCUUCUCAUGCCCUGAAUCGGCUCGUUAACGAUCCGUUCCAGUUCUUCAUGGCCGUGCAAGCUUGUCUUCAGAUGGAAGUGUUUGUGCUUGUGGCAGCCACCAGCUUGUGGGUCGACGUACUCGCUACCUCGAGUAUCCGCAAGCUCUCAGCACAUACGAACCUGUAUGAUGCCCUGAUUAUCGCCACGACGGUCAUCCUUAUUCCUUGGAUCUCAUUGGGAUGGUACGGUGUUCGACGAGAGCAUCGGGCGAUGAUGGUGUCGUUCCUGGUUCUGGCGUUUGUCCUUUUGGCUGGGUGGUCAUGCAUGUUCUAUUCAAUUGUCUUCCGCUGGUCUUUGCUCCAGUGGCCUUAUCUGGCCUGCCUCACUACUGCUUCGUUCAUUUUGAUCAUAGCAAGUGGCGUUCUGGGGACGAUCUGCUGGCGCAACUUUGAUCAAGGUCUUGCCGAAUACCUCAACGCCGAAGAGGCUCUCGCCUCCUCGAACUUUGCCCCGGAAGUCUUCAAGCGAGGCAAGGACGACCAUACUCUUUACAAUGUCGACAAAGGCGCUUUUUACACUUACGACGAGCCCAAGUUACCCCAGGCGACAUUCCAGGGCGCACCGCCCCAGUCUUCUCACCAUGCGCGCUCUGCUUCGCUCUUCACUCCGGAUAUGUCACCCGUGCCAGGCCCUCUGCGAGGUCCUCCACCGACAUAUGAUCGACCGUACAUUCCACCUUUUUGA